CUCCAAUUCAUCAUCUUGAAAUCGCGAUUCCCUCAUCGCAUAUUGCCUCUCCCCUAGUAAACAAAAUGGACGACGACUUCGACGACGCUGAGCUCCUCCAAGCCCUCGCCGCUUCCGAAGCAGCAGCAGCAAGACAACAACCCCAACGCCCACCAGCACCAGGCCGCGGCGUCGUCCAACCCACCCCCCAACGUCUCGACAAACCACCUCCCUCCAACUCCUCCUCCUCCUCCGGGCCGCGAAUAGUCCAACCCACCCCGCAACCCCUCCCCGGCGGCGCCACCCCUGGCUCCCGCUCCUCAGGCUCCUCCAUCCUCGUCUCCCCCCGCCAAAAAGGCAACCCGGUCCUAGCCUCCAUCAAGUCCACCGCCUGGGAAUACUCCGACAUCCCCUCCGACUAUGUGUUGGGAUCCACCACCUGCGCGCUCUUUCUGUCCCUCAAAUACCACCGCCUGCACCCGGAAUACAUCUACACGCGCAUCCGCCUGCUGCAAAACCGCUACCUGCUGCGGGUCCUGUUAGUGCUAGUCGAUAUCCCGAACCACGAGGAACCCCUCCGCGAAUUAUCCAAAACGAGCCUGGUCAAUAAUGUGACGGUCAUCUUGUGUUGGUCCGCCCAAGAAGCGGCGAGAUACCUGGAGCUGUACAAAUCGUACGAGCACGCGAGCGCGAGCGCGAUUAGAGGGCAGCAAAAGACGACGUACGCGGAACGAAUGGUGGAGUUCGUUACGGUGCCGAGAAGCGUGAAUAAGACGGAUGCGAUUGCGCUGGUGAGCACGUUUGGUAGUUUGCGGAACGCGAUCAAUGCUGCGACGGAGGCGAAUGGCGAGGAGCGGUUGAGUGUGGUGCAGGGGUGGGGGGAGAAGAAGGUGAGGAGUUGGAGGAGGGCGGUGGAGGGGAGUUUUAGGGUUAGGAAGGCGCAGGGACGGAAAGCUGGGACGGGGGAUAGUGGUGGGAAGGGGAAGAACAAGGUGCUGGAGGAGGCGGUGGAUGUUGGGAGGGUGGUUGGGUCGGGGUCUGGUGCUGGUGUUGGGACACAGUCACGGACGCAGACACAGGUACGGCAGAAGGAAACACAGGACAGGGCUGGCGCUACCGGGCACGGGCCGGAAGACGAUAAUCUGGACGAGAUUGAAGCUGUUAUGGCUUCUGAGGAAGCGGGACCGGCGGUGGCUUCGGGCUCGAGUUCCACCAACACUCCAGCUUCUCGGAGACGAGAGGAGGAACUUAGCGGCGGGAUUGCUGCUGCGCUGGCAAAGCUGAGACAAGGGGGUUGACGAGCACCAAUAUGGACAUGAGAAGGGAAAACAUCACCAGUUUUCACACCGGAAACACCAGCAUCGAUCAACGACAGAACAUCUCCG